GCAUGUACCGGAUACAGGACAGCUAUCUAGAGGCCUGCCAGCAACGGCUGCAGAAACAGGACUCCCGCUACAGCGAGUGGGGCGAGAGCUUCGACUGUGGCUUAUAGGACGAGGAUCAGCUGUAGUGAAGCAGCUGAUCCUCGUCAUUUCCCAAGCCGUACCCCAAGCCACGAACUUUCGGUCGGUGAACUGUAUUCUUCACUACCCCAGCCAAACACGACCACGUUGGGCGCCAAUUGCAAGCCCGUCAUUCUGCGGGUGAACUUUGUUGUUAUAUGUUACGGAUGUGUUCUAGAAAAUCUGUCUAGGGGAAUUGUUGUUCCUUUCUGUUAGAUGUGUAUAUCGCCAGUGAAGCUGAGCUGCCCGUUUCGGGCAUAUGUAGUCCGGGCAGACUACCAUAGGUUGAGUCUGUUGAGACCGUUAUUGAUCGUGAUGUGACAGAUUUUAUCGACGAGUGUUAUUGUCUUUAUGAUAUACCGCGACUAUUGUAUUUUUUAGCCUGAGGCAGAGUGCCAACAGCUUGUUUUGAGAUUUUCCAGAGACAAAACUGUCUCAAAGGCUGUUCGUUGAAUUGUACGAUAAAACUAUAGAAAUAGAUAUAUGGUGGCGUAAGGUGAACUCCGAUAACGUGGUGUGUCGAAUGUACCUUGGAGUGUGCUAAAAGGGCUUACGAGAAGUAAACGGGUAUAGAUGGAUUGCGAGAUCACUAAUCCUUUUUCUAAGUAACAUUUUUUGUUAGAAUGGGGAAUAAUCUUGGCUCAAUAAACCAAGAAGGGAGCAACCAAGGGGAUCAGUACUACCCGAGUAAUUACCAAAAUGAUUUUUUGCAUUUCAAGUUUUUUUGGCGCAAAAUAGGACAGUUAUAGGGCUACGUAUCCCUACAUGAGGUGUAGUCUAGUCAGUCUAGUCUACAUAUACACUACCCGUCAUAAGUACGGACUCACAAAAAGUAUUGCAACAAUAUUGCAUCACCCUGACUCACCUUGAUAUCUCCAAAACCUGAGGACUUACAAAGAUGCUGUAUUCAGGUAAGUUAUUCAGAAGACCAAGAGCAACAACUUUUCUGAAGGCGGCAUUUUUGUAGGUGUUCUGGUUUUCGAGAUAUCGAGGUGAGUCAGGGUGAUGCAAUAUUGUUGCAAUACUUUUUGUGAGUCCGUACUUAUGACGGGUAGUGUACAUACUGUAGACCGAUGCAAAUUUUGAAAUUUCCGCUCCCCUAUGCAUAAACGAUGCCAAUUUGGGUAAUGAUCGUUCUCCCAAAAUUUCAACUAAAUUCAAUUUGAUUUGAGUGGGCACACGCAUCGGUCUAACAUACAGCCAUUCAUUGAGGAUCCUGAAAAAUGUUAGAAUUCACUAUUUCAAACAUUUUGUCUUGUCCAUAUUAAUGCUUGCAUUAUAUUGACGAUACAUCACGAGCAAUAAACGACCACCCUACUAUCCAGCAUUAUCGAUUUUACAGUACAGCCAUUGAGUGAGAGCAUAUCGUAGGGUAAUUCAUGUAUUUUGGACAGGCUGAGGACAACGUUGGAAAAAUCGUCCCCUAGCUUCCUUAGAAAGCAAUUGAUUAUUUUGUAAAGUUACCAAUACGCUUAUUAUAUGGUUGUACAUUACGUUCCUGGUGACAAAAACCUUAACGAAAGCAUUUUAAGCUGAGAAAAUCACAAUUUCCGAUCGCCUGUAAGAAUUGCAUUUUGGACACCGAAUAUAUGUUUUGGACACCCUCAGGUAUAUAUAAUAGCCUGGUACACGGUUUAUAUGGGAAAAUAUAAAGAAUGGAAAAAUUCCAACUCCUGUAUACUUUUUGAGUUCCAUUUUGGUCCCAUAUCAACUGUGCAAAAUUUCAGAUCGAUUGAAGAAUCUAUAUUUUAGCGCCCGCCAUUCUUAGUUUUUCAUACGAUUUACUAUGGAGAAAGUUUACUUCUUCAAAGAAAAAUCGCUUGAGGUCACCCAUUAAUCCAUAAAAAUAAAUCGUUGAAUGAUUCCUGUAGAUAACUUCACGAGGAAUCAGACCUCCGAAGACCGCAAAGCGAUGCGACAUUCGUGGGAAAAGUUAUUAAGCCUUACUCGAUCGAUAAAAUGUUAUUUAUUGUUAUUCCUUACAUGUUAAACAGCGUUGGCAUGUCAUUCGGUUUUCAGUCAAUAACUUUUUCCACGUUCCUUAGAUCGCUUUGCGGUCUUAAGAGGGUUUGUUCCUCGCAAAAUUUCCAACACAAAUCAUUCAUCGAUAUAUUUUUAGGGGUUAAGGGGCAACCUGUGACGAUUUUUCUUUGAAAAAGUGAUUUUCCCCAUAGUUAAUCGUAUGAAAACUUAAAACGGCUGGCGCUAAAAUAUAGUUUCUCCGAUCGAGCUGAAAUUUUGCACAGUUGAUAUGGGGCCAAAAUGAAGCUCAAAAAGUAUACAGAAGUAAAAUGUCUUUCCGUGUCCCACACUAAUAUAUAAUUUGGACAAGGCAAUUAUCUCAAUGUUUAGCCAUGAAUACUGCUAAAUCAUGGAAGUAGCAUAAAUUAACAAAUAUUUUCUUGCAAAUAAUCUAAUUUCUCCGGUUAACAGGCAUCUAUUUUGAUAACUAUUACAGUUUUUGUUAAAAUCGAGGAAAUAUCGCCAGACCCACAGAAUACGCCUCCAAGUAUGCAAACGCACAGCAUCCCCAUGUAGUUCGUCAGAUGACCAAAAUAUAUUUACAGUAGAAAACUUGUAAUGUAUUUUGGACACCACCUAUUUUAAGCUUUCUAGAUGAAUGUUAAGAGAUUGGCUGCCUAAUGCUUCUUUAUUGACCAUUUUUCAUUGCAAAAAGGCUUUUAAAUUUCUCACAAUUAUUAAUUCAAUCAUUUUGAGUUGAAUAUUGUAUGUGACUGUGAAGUGUAUGUCGUCUGCUGCACAGGUAUGCAAUUUGAUGGGUUUUAGUGAAAUAAUGUACAUUUUCGAUAAUUUUGAAGUAAAUUCUUAAUUGUUAAGCGUAUUUUCAACGUAAGUCAUCAGAAUAGGGUCUAUUUGAUCCAAUAAUGGAUAUUGAGAAGUAUCUACUUUUAUUAGCUCUCCGGAACAAGGCAUACAUCGCCGUGCAUGUCCAAAUUAUAUACAUGUCCAAAUUAUAUUUUUUACCCUUACCAACCGCUCAGUUUUAUAGAAUGCAAACCCCGUUGCUGAGAAGGUCCCGGUUCAUAAUCCUUCGUGAGUCCUGGCUCUUAUGCCCACUUAUGCUUAAGGCUUUUUACGGCAUCAUCAGCAUCGGCAGCCAUGUUAGAUAUGUGGCUCGGAAUUUCAAAGUGAUAAUUCUCUGCCACCAAAGCGAAUAUUUGUAUGGAAAAGUAUCAUCCUAUAUGCUCACUCGCAGUGAAUACUAUGAUACUUUUUCUGCUGGAUUGCUGCAGAAUAGACAAUUUUUUAUCACUUCAAAAACUCGAGGCAAACAAUCAUUGAAAAGCAAAAAUUCAAUGAUUCGUUUGAAAGUUUGGUGAUGCAUCAUGACACCUUAAAAUAAUUGCUCGGAUAGGGGUAAAUGACAAAAUUAAAACGUAAUAAGGGGAUUCACUAAACAACGUGAACCUCUGAUUAAAUUCUUCGAAUGAGUGUAAUCAGUUUUGUACCUUUUAAUUCCGCCCUUUUCUGCUUAUCAUUUGACAGUGGACACUUCAGUGGAAAACUGACACUGAGGAAGAUUACAAGUGGUAGUCGAAAUACGCGUAUCUGUCAAUGAAUAAGCAAAAAAGGCGGAAUUAAAAGGUACUAAACUGAAUACACUCAUUCGAAGAGGGUAUUCUGCUUAGAGGGAUCGAAAAGUCGGUACAAGACUCUAAUUAAAUAUUAUUCUGCGUAAACAUUGCCAUCCCCAAGGCAAUCUAUGAUUAAUUCAUUCGCAAUUAAAUGACACAUUUCAAAUAGCAGAAAAUCAUGGCGUACGCUGCAAUUUACGCUGUUUUGGUGAAUUUCCUUAUGUUAUAAGAACAUCCCCAGAAAAGAAAGGAAAAGGAAAAAGAGUAGUCUGAAACGAUAUCUAGGGACAACGAAAAUUCUCGAUGCGAAAUCCGCGAAAUUGGACUAUGGUCGCGGAAUUUGAGAAAUUCCGCGAAUUUUGGUAAAAUUGUUAAAAUAACCAACAAAUUUCCAUCAAUAACAAAUACUUUAGCAUAAAUUGUCUGAUAAUGUUUGUCAGUGUAAAAUUAUUUACGAGUUUAUUGCAUUAUAAAUAUAUGCUUAUCAAAUUUCUUACUUUUUGUCGGUAAAUUCAUGAGUUUGUCUCACAAAACCAAGUUAAUUAUUCAUAUGAUAUGCAACAAAACGGUCAAAAAUAUAGGACCGCGAAAUUCACAAUAGUAGUCCGCGAAAUUUAGGAAAUUUUGCCGCGAAUUGCCAUUGUACCUAGAUAUCAUCAAUUAAUUCAUACGAAAAUGACAAUCCCUUAAAGUACUGUCUGCUGUUUCUAGGCGACAUACAAGUUUACUUAUAUUUAAUAUUUACGUCUACUUCAGAGUAACCAAGAGAGUAACGCAAUAAAUUGUACCAUGCUUGCUUCUGGGAAAGCUCCAAACUAGCAUUUCCCUUCCAUUUACUCAAUAGCAGCCUCAAGUUUUAACCAUGCACCUACACAGAAAUCCAAACCUCUAUUAGCAUUUUUCGUAACACCAUCGUUUCUCAGCGUCACCACAAUAAUGCUACAAUACAAUACAAAUCAAAACGGUUUCCGCGUUUUCUUCCUUAGCAUCAUGUUCAUUAACUCACAAAAUUUCCAAAUAGUUGAUAUUAGGCUUGUCACUAAAGUCAUCGUUUCUUAUACAAAAAAAAAAAAUAGUCAAAUGAAAACGCAUAGCUAAAAUAAAAAUAAAUAACAACAAAUAAACUUCACACAAAGGAACUGAAUAUUUUAUAUGUGAAUUUAUAGACCGCAAAACAAAAUUCCAUAAAUCAAAACGAGAGAAAUUCCAUAGCAAACAAACGCACCCAUACACUAAAAAACUGUGCGCACAUGUGCCAGAGAUUGUGAAUGUGAACGUUGUUAAAUAGAGAAAAAAAACUACAGAAGUAAAAGCCAAUUUUAACCAGCAGGACUUGAUAGCAAAGCCAAAACCUUGAAAAAAGAACCUAGACAAUUGCGAAGCGUGGGUGUGUAGUAUAGAAGAAUUUAACCGCCACCACCACAAGUAUGGGGGUGCGUGUGUGUGUGU